GCCGGGACCUGCCCGGCCCGCGGAGGGUCGGGACGAGGUCCGGGAUCAGGAACUGCUCCCGGCAUUCCUCGCGGGUGUAUGGCGUGGGCUCCCUUCCCCCUCUCUGGGUCCCGCGAGGAGACUCUCGGGCUUUGAGGUAGCAUGGCCCAGGGUUUGAUAGAGGUGGAGCGAAAGUUCCUUCCAGGGCCUGGCACAGAGGAGCGGCUGCAGGAGUUGGGGGGCACCCUGGAGCACCGGGUCACCUUCCGGGACACCUACUAUGACACCCCUGAGCUGAGCCUCAUGCGGGCUGACCACUGGCUGCGACGACGAGAGGAUAGUGGAUGGGAGCUCAAAUGUCCUGGAGCAGCAGGUGUCUUAGGACACCACACGGAGUAUAAGGAACUCACAGCGGAACCUACAAUUGUGGCCCAGCUCUGUAAGGUGCUGGGGGCUGAUGGCCUGGGGGCUGGAGAUGUGGCUGCUGUGCUGGGCCCAUUGGGGCUGCAGGAAGUAGCUAGUUUUGUGACUAAGCGGAGUGCCUGGAAACUGGUGCUCUUGGGAACUGAUGAAGAGGAGCCACAGCUCAGGGUGGACUUGGAUACAGCCGACUUUGGCUAUGCUGUGGGUGAGGUAGAGGCCCUGGUGCAUGAGGAGGCUGAAGUACCAACUGCCCUAGAGAAGAUCCACAGGCUCAGCAGCAUGCUUGGUGUGCCUGCACAGGAGACAGCACCGGCCAAGCUGAUCGUGUACCUACAGCGUUUCCGGCCUCAAGACUAUCAGCGCCUGCUAGAAGUGAACAGCUCCAAGCAGAGGCCACAGGGGAUUGAAGAUCCUGAUAACUGCCUGGGCUAGGGGUGUCACUUCCCAGAAUGGGAAGGGAACUCUGGGUCUAAUGGAGUCCACUCCUGGCCCACUGUGCCUCUCCCCUCAGCAUCCCUUCUGACAGUGACUCCUCUCUCUCUAGCUCUGCCUGUUUCUUCCCCUUACUCUAAGCUACUCUUCCUUGAGCCCUCCCUGGCUGUUGCUUCUUCCCUCAUCCGUCAGAUGCAAUCUGUGGGCCGCCCCUCUCCCCUGGCCGCUAAGCAGCCUCCAUUGAUUUCCGCUCGUGUUUAUAGGAUUUCCACUUAGCCGUGAUCAGUAGUUAAGCACAGGAAAAUCCCUUGCCACCCCCCUCCCUUGGUCGAUGCCAUUGAUUCUGCCAGCAGCUCCUAAACCGCCUUACAGCUGAGUUAGAAGAUGAGGGGAGGCAGCAGGGAUUUCCCUGCCUCGGGGUGUGGGAAAUAGAAGCAAGUUGAGGAAAUGGUUGGGAAUCCCAGUUAGAACUCUAGAAAUUCUAUUCUGAUUUUGCCACUGUGCCCAGCUCUGGCCCAGAGGGUAGAGUGCCAGCUUUAGAAGUUUGGGGCAAAUUUGUUCCCUGACCUGAAGAGGGUUAGAAAGAACCAGCAGCCGCCCCAUCCCCGCCCCUGUGUUGAGUCAGGUUCUCAAGGUUCAGGGGAAGAUGCACACCUCUUAUGUAAGAAUGCUUUUCCCUGGCUGUUAUUCAUACACAUUUUCCACUUCAAAUAUACCCAAAUAUGGCUUUCCUC